AUGGCAUUUUUUACAGCACCUGAUCACAACCACAUCAACAGCAUCUGCAGUACAUGGGGAAAAGACCACUUCAAGACCUUCGAUGGGGAUGUAUACCAGUACCCAGGAAUGUGCGAGUACAACCUGGCCUCGGACUGUCACGAGUCCUUCCUGGAGUUUUCCGUGCACAUGAAGAGGGCCCCUGUGGACGGUCACCCGACUGUCAGCAGAGUGGUGGUCACCAUCAAGGACCUGAUCAUCACGCUCACCAAGAACCUGGUCACGGUCAAUGGAGAAAAGGUCGUGAUGCCAUACUAUGGCUCUGGAGUCUUUCUGGAGCGGAACCCGACCUACACGAGACUCAGCGCCAAACUGGGGCUCACUGUCAUGUGGAACGAAGAAGAUGCCAUAAUGGUGGAACUGGAGUCCAAAUACGCGAAUCGCACCUGCGGCCUGUGUGGGGACUUCAACGGCAUUCCGGUGUAUGACGAGUUCGUCCAGGGAGAUCGACACAUCAGUGCCAUUGAGUUUGGCAACCAGCAGAAGGUGCACCUGUCCACAGAAUACUGCGAGAAUCCAUCUGAGGAGGAGGAGGAGGAGCAGGAGGAAGGGAGCAUCACUGAUGCCUGUGCCAGCUUUGUGGAGCGCUGUGCCCAGCUCUUCCAUUCAGACUCCUGGAGCUCCUGUGCAGCAACCUUGAACCCGGAGCCCUACAUUCAGGCCUGUGCCCAGGACAUGUGCAGCUGUGGAGACAACCUGGAUGACUUCUGUCUGUGCAGCACCCUUGCCGAGUACUCGCGACAGUGCUCCCAUGCUGGGGGCGCUCCUCCAAACUGGCGGACACCCUCAUUCUGCGUGAAGACAUGUCCUUACAACAUGGUGUACUCUGAAAGCGGCUCGCCCUGUCUCAACACCUGCACUCACAGAGACACCAGCUCGCGGUGCGAGGAGCACACCAUGGACGGCUGUUUCUGCCCUGAAGGAACGGUGCUGGAUGACAUUUCGGAGAGAGGCUGUAUCCCGCAGGACCAGUGUCAGUGUUUCCAUGGCAGGGCCUAUGACUCUGGAGAGGUGCUGCGCCUAGAGCGUGAAGAAUGCGCGUGUCACCAUGGGAUGUGGUCCUGUGAGAGUCUGAGCAUACCAGGCAUGUGUGCCAUUGAAGAAGGUUCACACAUCACCACCUACGAUGGGAAAGCCUACACCUUCCACGGAGAUUGCUACUACGUCUUUUCCAAGGAUUGUGACAGUUCAAAGUUUACCGUGCUGGGCCGGCUGGUGCCCUGUGGCAUCCAAGAGACAGACACCUGUCUCAAGUCUGUUGUGGUGCUGCUCAACAAUGAUAAGAGUAAUGCUCUGGUCUUCAAAUCUGACGGUAAAGUGAGCCACAAUGCGGAGAUCAGUCUGCCUUACAGCACAGCUGACCUGACAGUCUUCAGGCCUUCCUCCUUCCACAUCCUGAUGCAGACCAACUUUGGGUUACAGCUGCAGGUGCAACUUGUUCCUGUCAUGCAGCUUUAUGUGACAACGGACCAGGCCUACCAGGGAAAGAUGUGUGGCCUAUGUGGGAACUUCAAUAUGGCCCUGCACGAUGACCUGAAGACCCCUCAAGGUCUUGUGGAAGGCACGGCCUCGUCCUUCGCCAACUCCUGGAAGGCCCAGGGCAGCUGUCCCGACAAGACAGAUCGGCUGGAUGACCCCUGUUCCCUCAGCAUGGAGAACGAGAACUACGCCGAGCACUGGUGCUCGUUGCUCAGGAACAAGGACAGCAAGUUCGCGGCAUGCCAUGCUAUGGUAGACCCCGAAAGCUACUACAAGAGGUGCAAGUACUCCAGCUGUAACUGUGAGAGAAGCCAGGACUGCCUGUGUGCAGUGUUCUCCUCCUACGUGCGGGCGUGCACAGCCAAGAACAUCACCCUUCAGGACUGGAGGACCAACAUCUGUGACACGUACACAGAGAGCUGCCCAGCAUCCCAGACCUUCUCCGAUUACCUGCAAGGGUGCCAGCGCACCUGCCGCUCCCUGAGCUCUGAGCGCCAGAGCUGCUCCACGGAUUUCCUUCCGGUAGAUGGCUGCUCCUGCCCGGAGGGCCUCUAUCAGGACCACACAGGCCACUGUGUACAAAUGGCCAAGUGUCCCUGCUAUCACAAUGGUGAACAUGUCAAACCUGGAAAGUCCAUCAACAUAAAAGAUGAACACUGCGUGUGCACCAAUGGAAGACUGCACUGCCAUUCUUGGAAGCCUGGUGUAGGAGCCUGUCCAGAGCCAAAGGUGUUCUUCAACUGCUCCACAGCCAGCCCAGCUGAGAUGGGCCUAGCGUGCGCAAGGAGCUGCAGGAACCUGGGCUUAGAAUGUUUCUCCGAUGAGUGUGAGUCAGGUUGUCUUUGCCCCAGUGGUUUUCUGAAUGAUGGAAAUGGACAGUGUGUCAGGGAGGAGGACUGCCCAUGCUCCCAUGAUGGAAAGAUCUAUGCCUCUGGCACAAGCCUUUCGUCCAAGUGCAACUUGUGCAUUUGCAAGAGGGGGAAAUGGGACUGCACUGAGAACAAGUGUCCAGCAACCUGUACCAUCUACGGCAGCGGCCACCACAGCACCUUUGAUGAAAUGAACUUUGGCUUCCGUGGCCAAUGCGGCUAUGUGGCUGUCCAGGACAAGUGUGGAAAUAAGACAGGCAAAGGCAGUUUCGGCAUCAUCACAGAGAACAUUCCAUGUGGAACUACUGGAACAACCUGCUCAAAAUCAGUCAGGAUUUUCCUUGGGAGAACAGAAGUGAAGCUGGCAGAGGGCACCUAUGAGGAAAUCGCCCUCAAGGAAGGCCCAGUUGUCGAGUACAAAAUCAGGACUGCUGGGUUGUACUUGGUGGUGGAGUCCAGCGUGGGGCUCACAGUGCUGUGGGACCGCAAAACUACUGUGCGCAUUAUCCUGCAGCCAGAGCAUAUGGGAGAAGUGUGUGGACUUUGUGGAGACUACGAUGGGGACGGCGUGAAUGACUUCAAGACCCAGAGCCUGCUGCCCGUUAGCAGUCAGCUGGAAUUUGCCAACAGCUGGAAGGUUUCUUCGACCUGUCCCGACGCAGGAGCUGACCUUGAGCCCUGCAGCCUGAAACCCCACAGACACAACUGGGCCAAGCUCCAGUGCAGCAUCAUCAAGGGCGAGACCUUCAAGGAAUGCCAUGCGAAGGUGGAUCCGCAGCCGUACUACGACAACUGCGUGACGGACUCCUGCGCCUGUGACACAGGGGGCGACUGCGAGUGCUUCUGUACGGCCGUGGCCUUCUACGCACAGGCCUGCAACGAGGCCGGCGUCUGUGUGGCCUGGAGGACCCCAGACAUUUGUCGCUGUUUCCCGGUGUGUCCGCCCGACAAGCCGAUAUUUGAUAACAACACCAACACUUGUGUGGUGGACUGUCCUGGGUGCUACAUCAACGGGACAAACUAUCAACCUGGGGCCGAGGUCUCCACGGGGGAGAAGUGCACAUCAUGUCCUAAAUUUCAGAAAAAUGAGACGUUCUUAAUCUGCAACUGCACGCUGGCCAGGUGCAUUGAGAACAACACGAUUGAAAUAAUCCCGUACGAAUGCCCCCCCCUAGAGGAAAUCACUUGUGCCAAUAAGAAGAAGCCAGUUUUGGUGUACGACGAACACUACUGCUGUCAGCAUUAUGCGUGCGACUGCUACUGUGAAGGCUGGGGCGAUCCUCACUACAUCACCUUCGACGGGCUCUUCUAUAGCUUCCAAGGGAACUGCACAUAUGUGCUGAUGGAGGAAAAAACACCCAAGUACCAUGUGAAAAUUUACGUAGAUAAUGUCAACUGUGACCCAGAGGAGGAAGUCUCCUGCCCAAGAUCCAUCAUUGUGUCCUACGGCAUACAGGUCAUCACACUCAAGAACCACAAUCUCAUUGGCGCUGCCAAGAUGGAGGCUAUUGUGGACAGUGUGCCUGUUAAACUGCCCUACACCCACAAAGGAGUGAAGGUCCUGCAUACGGGCCUCAGUCUGGUCCUGGAGAUCCCCUCUGUGCAAGUGGUGGUGACAUUUGGUGUCACUGGCUUUAGCAUCAACCUGCCUUUCAGGUUCUUUGGAAAUAACACACAGGGACAGUGUGGCACAUGCAACAACAACCAGGCGGACGACUGCAUGCUUCCCAGUGGCCAGCUGGUGGAGAGCUGUGCCGUGAUGGGAGACUACUGGCCCGUCUCCGACUUCCACAGGCCCGACUGCACUGUACCUCCCACUGUUCCCAGCCUUCCAGUCCCUGAAGUCACAUCCAAACCAUGCACCUCUGACUCCAUCUGUGAAAUGCUGAAGAGCAGCGUGUUUGCCAAGUGCCACGACCUGAUCUCCCCUGAAAACUUCCACAAGGGCUGUGUGUUUGACAGCUGCCACAUGUCCAACCCCACAGUGGAGUGCACCAGCCUCCAGAGCUACGCUGCUGCCUGUGCCCAAGUUGGGGUCUGUGUCUACUGGAGGAACUACACCACCAACUGCGCUGCAAAUUGCCCGGUGGGCAAGGUCUACAACCCAUGUGGACCUGUGGAGCAACCAACAUGCAACGAGCCUGACGAGCCUGUUUCCAACAUUGUGACGGAAGGCUGCUUCUGUCCUGACGGCAUGAAGCUCUUCAGCAAGGAGUCUGACAUCUGUGUGGAGAAGUGUGGAUGCCUGGACCCAGACGGCGUGUCUCGAGAGUUUGACGAGGUGUUUGAGUACAACUGCCAGGACUGCAUGUGCGAGAAAUCCACCAAGACGGUGAAAUGCCGGCCCAAAGAGUGUCCCGCCCCAACCCUGACCAGCUGCAGCGAGCCAGGCUUCAUCCUGAUCAAUGAGACUAACCCCUCAGACCCCUGCUGCCAUAUCCUCAUUUGCCGUUGUGAUGGCAGCACUUGCCCUGAAAAGGACAUCACCUGUGCUGCCGGUUACACGCCACAGGUCUCCGUGCCCUCUGGGAAGUGUUGUGCUGAGCACACAUGCGUGCCAAAGCAAGUCUGCGUGUACAAGGAAACAGAAUAUCAGCCCGACGCCACAGUGAUCAUGGCUGGCUGUCAGAACUGCACUUGCACUACAAUAGUGGACCCCAAAAGCAAGCUCUACAAGAUCGAAUGUGUCCCGCUAAUCUGCAAUGAUAAUUGUGGCCUGGGCUACAAGUACGUAGAAGUAAGCGAAGACGAGUGCUGUGGCAGGUGCAUUCAAACCCACUGCAUCAUUGACGUCAACGGCACAACACAUCAGCUGAAGCAUGGAGAGACCUGGUCACCUUCAAGCAACAAGUGCCAGGUGUACGGCUGCAUGAGCAUCGCUGGCACCUUCGUCAGCACCAUCUCCACCAUCCAGUGUCCACCAUUCUAUGAGGACAACUGCAGACCGGGCACAAUACAAACGGCUGCUGACGGCUGCUGCAAAGUUUGUGUGGAGAAGGAGAGGGCAUGCAAGGUGGAGAGCCAAACGCUCUAUAUCGUCCACGAAAAGUGCCAGUCUGCCACCCAGGUGGAAAUGACCUACUGCCAGGGAGCAUGUAACACCUUCACCAGGUACUCCAGUGAAGUGUCUGCCAUGAUGCAUACGUGCACCUGCUGCCAGGAGUCUCGCACCAGCAACCGCACCGUCAACCUGCAGUGUCUCAACGGUGACAUGGUGCCAUAUACAUAUAUCCAUGUGGAGGAGUGCAGUUGCAACCCCACUCACUGCCUGGAUGUGGGCGCAGUACAGCUCUUGCCCCUGAUUGACCAGGAGUGA